AGAAGAAACCAGAUUGAUAAAGGAAGUGCUGGUUACUCUGGGUGCUGGUGAGUUUGGGGAAGGCUCUCACCCUCCCUUGCUCCUCUGAAGGGGCCUGAUCCACGCUCCCAGGUGCCUCUUGACUCCCCAAGGAGGCGCCCCCUAGGGCCUCCCCUGGCCUUGACAGAGCUGCUUGUCUUCUCCUCCCCUGGGAAGAGAGUGAGGCAAUGGGUCUGCCCCUGCUGCUGUCUCUGCUGCUGUUGCCGACAUGUCUGCAGGCUGGUAGCUCAGAAGAAUGUGAUUUAAAUCCUGACUAUGGGAUCGAGCAACCAAUUCACCUCUCAGCCCCCAUGGGUGGCUCCGUCCAUAUCAAUUUCUCCUUCUAUUACUGCUGGGAGUUAGCCAACGAUCCCAGAGUGAGUAUAGCCUUGAGAUGGAAACACUUCCAUGGGGAGACCAUCUACAACAGUACUCAGCCUUUCAUCCAUGAGAAGUACAAGAACCGCAUCUUCCUGAACUUGCCAAAGGGUCAGAAGUUUGGCUCCCUGCAGAUAUCGAACCUGCAGAAGGAGGAUGCGCAUAUAUACUUUUGCCGGGUCCAAGUGGAAACACUAAGAGACGGCACAAAGGUGUGGCAGUCCCUCCAGGGGACCAGACUCACCGUCACCCCCGCUGCCAAGAGGACCACCGAGGGCCCCACCACCACUGCCCCCACCACCACUGGCCUCAGUGUCUUGGAAGACCCUAGGAGCUCAGCGUCCUCACCCCUGAGUGGGGGAGCUGCAGUUGGGGUGGCACUGGCUGGUGCUGUGCUCAUAAUUGCAAUUUUGGGACUGAUACUCUACCUCAGGUGGAAGAGAAGAAAAGGCCUGCAGACUAAAGCCAGAACUGUAGCUAGGGGAUCCUUCCAAAACACUGAGGAGAAAUAUGAGAACAUUGGGCUUAAAAGACAACAAACAGAGCCCCAGCUGGAGCCCCAGCUGGAGCCCCAGAAUGAAGCCCAGAACAACAGCGGCAUCCUCUAUGCCUCCCUCACUCUCUCCAGCUCCUCAUCACUGGCAGCAUCUCCCUGCAUCCCUCCUAAGGAGAGCCCCCAGGAGGAGACCCUAUAUUCUCUCAUAAAGGCCUGAUGAGUGGGACUGAAGGACGACCUCCUUAGACUAAGCUGCCCAGCGGGUCACAGCUUCUGAUAAUAACCCCGGCCAGACACAGAAGGCUCAGAAGUCAGCAGGUGUGGAAGGCCACCAAGGACCGCAGAAAAACAGAGCCAUCUGCUCCAACUCCCUCUCCGCCUUCCCAGCCCUUGCCCACAAGAAUAAAAAUACCUAGAAUCUGCCCCAAGGCUCUAAGUAGAAA